GAGCACAUGCGGAGUAGCCAGGCCUAGGGAUUCAGCAGUGUACUACGCCUUUUCUGUCCUAAUCUUGACUUUACUCUAUCCGUCGCCUGUACGAACUGUCUGAGGUCAAAAUGGGUCUUCGAUGUGCCGCGCUGUUUAUGAUAGUUCUCUGCUCAGUAACGUCUGCCAGAGGACAAGUGCCCCUGACGUCCAAUGGCGCCUGGGAGUACUUCAAGGUGCAGGCGUCAGGACCCAUGACGUCAGCCAACGUGAAGGCCACGUGUGAGGGAGCCGGGUUCGCCACGCCGUGCCCGGGAGAUGCCGAGUGCGACUACUCCUCCCCAGCCUGCGCCCAGACCGGGCUGACCGGCUGUAUCCACCCCAUGGAGGACAUCUCCCAGGAGCUGUGCAGCAACAACCCGCGCUACUGCCCCGAGCUGGAGGGGGUGUACACCUUCAUGGCAGGCUGGUCGGAAGGCGCCGCCUGUGGGGCGGAGCGAGGCAGCUGGUGCACCGUAGGGACCGGCUACAGCGACCGGUUCGCCCUCUGCGCAAGAGAUCUUUCCGACCAAUGUGCUCAGAAUCCUUGUCAGAAUGGUGGUACCUGCACGGAUACAGGAGAGACCUACACCUGCGACUGUUGGGCCGCCUGGACUGGCGACAACUGUGAAACGGAUGUGGACGAAUGUCAGCAGACCCCCUGUCAGAACGGGGGCACCUGUACCAACACACCUGGGAGCUACAGCUGCAGCUGCGCGGAUGGCUGGACUGGUACCAACUGCGGUGAAGAUGUGAACGAGUGUGCCAACAGUCCUUGUGAGAACGGCGGCACCUGCACUAACACAGAUGGCGGCUACAGCUGUGCCUGUUCGGGCAGCGCGAUCGGCCGGAACUGCGAAUCAAUUAUCAACGGUGAUAGCUGUUACCGCUUAUCCACGGAUACGAAGACCUUCUCCGAUGCGGACGCAUUUUGUAAGACGCUUGGCGGUUACCUGACCAAAGUCACCACCCUUGCCGAGCAGGAGUAUCUCGGCCAGUUGGUCCGGCAGGGAACUGCAGUAUCCCACUGGAUCGGACUGCAGGGCACAGGGACAAGUUUCGAGUAUGCGGACGCCUCUGCCAUCAGUUCCGAGCUGCGCUGGAUGCCCGACAAGCCCGAGGACCUUUGUGUCAUGUUGGCUCAAGCCGGGAACUACGACCUGAACGCGGCCUUCUGCAGCAAAUUGCGCAACUAUAUCUGCGAAUCUGAUGUCUCCGCCUGCGGCACGAACAGCUGUCAGAACGGAGGAACCUGUACCACCUGCUUCAGUGGUGGGGUCGGGUCAGCACACACCUUCUGCGACUGCCUACCGGGAUACUCUGGAGACCAGUGUGAAACUGAUAUUGACGAGUGCAGCUCGGCUCCCUGUCAGAACCAAGGCACCUGCACGGAAGGCGUCAAUACCUACUCCUGUUCAUGCCCCACCGGGUUCGACGGAGACAACUGUGAAAUCGAUGUGGACCUGUGCAACCCGGACCCCUGCCCUGUCAACUGGCGCUGUGACGACUUCACGUACUACUUCACAUGCACAAAGCCGGAACUGCAGGCGGAUCUCAAGAUAAGAGGGGACAUUCUGAAGCGCUUUAGAAAUCUCUGCAACACCCUGCGGCAGCCCAUUCUCCUGCCACCGCCUCCUCCAGAGUAGCGACCUGGCGGCACAACAGGUCCCGGCCGAUCCCUGGGCGAACCCGUGCAUAUCUGUGAGGACAACUCUAGCUGUCCUGCCGGUUUCCUGUGCCUGGAGAGCGAAGGGUCUGCCUACAUGUGUAUGCCGGAGAAAUGACAGCCACAUCUUCACGAUGGGAUCUAGACAAUUAAAAACGACAAAAAUUCCUAUGAUUCUGAUGUGAACUUCUAAAAUGGCCUAUUGUCAUGAUCUGUGACUACAGAGCCUGAAUGGCAGAAAUCUAUGUGUAAAAUGAUAAUAAAUGUAUACUGAGCAUACCGGA